AUGGAGCUGGAUGGUCCGGGAAUUCUAUCUUCCUCAGGUGCCUCAUACUUCCAUCAGUAUGACAACAGCUCUGGGAGCCAGUUCCCACCUUCCCCCAUGAGGUCCAACUUGGAUUCGUCGCGAUACGAUGGUCGAGAUUUCCCCGCUUCCACGGACUGUGACAGCAGCCCUGAUGGAUCUCAUUUGCAACACGACUUCACCGGAUUCAGUUUCACCAACUAUGACAUGCUGGUGCAAGCCAACAGGGAGAAGAUUAACAAAAUCAGGGCAGAGUUUGGAGAGUCAAUGGAAGAAGCAACGCCUCAAUCCAGUGACGAUGAAUCAAACAAUACCAGGAAGACUGUGUGA